AUGUCGGGAACGUCGCAACACGAUGGCGACCAACAGGGCAAUACUGUCCCAGUCUCAAACCCCGCUGAAGAGGUCUCAAGAGAUCAGUCUGUAAUUGAUGAAGAUGCGGCUCUACUGGAAACAAUGGGCUACAAGCAGGUCCUGCAUAGAUCGUACACCUUUUUGGAAAAUUUCUCGACUACAUUUGCGGCUCUGUACUUUGUCGGAGGUGUUCGUGUCACCUACAGUACUGGUAUUGCUAGCGGUGGUAACCUUGCCUACUGGACGAGUUACUUGGUGACCUUGGUGUUCAGCUUCAUAACAGCUGCCGUCAUUGCCGAAGUAUGUUCGGCUUCUCCCUCUGCAGGCUCCAUCUAUCUCUGGGCAGCUGAAGCCGGCGGUCCCAAGUAUGGCCGUCUACUAGGAUUUAUCGUCGCGUGGUGGAGUACCACAGCGUGGACAACCUUUUGUGCCAGCAACACGCAGGCUGCUGCAAACUAUUUGCUUUCGGAAAUUACCGUGUUUGAUCUCAGCUUCCCUACCGAUACCGACAACGUGAAAUUUCGAGCCGUGCAAUGGGCUAUCACUGAAGUUCUGUUGGCGCUGGCUGCAGUAGUCAAUUUUGUUCCUCCAAAAUACUUCCGAUGGGUCUUCUAUUUGUCCUCCGCCAUGGUGCUUCUCGAUUUCUUGCUGAACAUGAUCUGGCUGCCCAUCGGAGUCGUCAAUACCUGGGGUUUCCGUUCCACCCAUGAGGCUUUUAUGACGACCUACAAUGGCACCGGUGCUCCGGCCGGCUGGAACUGGUGUCUGUCUUAUCUCGCCACAGCUGGUAUCUUGAUUGGAUUUGAUGCUUCUGGUCAUGUCGCCGAAGAAACAAAAAAUGCCUCGGUGGUUGCUGCUCGCGGUAUCUUCUGGAGUACCGUUGUCAGCGGCUUGGGAGGAUUGAUUGUUAUUAUUCUGUACCUCUUCUGCGCGCCUACUCCCGACGUGCUUUUCUCUUACGGUGCGCCUCAGCCGUUCGUCUCCCUGUACGCCGUGGUUCUUGGACAGGGAGGGCAUAUCUUUAUGAAUAUCGUUUGCAUUGUCGCGUUGUGGUUUCUUCGAAAGAACACUGCAAUCGCUAUCGUCGCUGCUUCUCGUCUCGUCUUCGCCGUCGCCCGUGACGGAGUUCUGCCGUUCUCCGGCUGGGUCUCUAAAGUCUCGCCUGAAGGACAGCCUCGCAAUGCAGUUAUUGUUGUCUGGGGCGUGGCGGCACUGGUGUCGUGCACAAUCCUGCCCUCUGCGGUGGCCUUCACCUCCCUUAUAUCAGCGGCCGGUGUCCCUUCUGCGGCUGCCUAUGGUCUCAUCUGCCUUGGCCGUGUCUUCAUUACACCAAAUUCGUUUCCUACACCAAAAUGGAGCCUGGGUCGGUGGAGCAAGCCGUUCCAGAUCAUUUCCAUUUUCUGGAAUGGCUGGGUCGUUGCUAUUCUGUAUUCUCCAUAUGAAUGGCCCGUGACUGGCGCGACGUUGAACUACGCCCCCGUUAUCAUGGGUGCCGUUACCAUCUUCGCCAUUAUCUCGUACUGGAUGACGCCGGAAGAGUCGUGGCUGCCCAAGAACAGAAUCAAGCACUUUAUCGAGAGCAAGGGAGAGGCGAGGGAGACCACGACCGAAAUCACUCACACUUAG